AUGGCUCUGGGCAGCGAGAAUCAGUCUUUCUUCUACGACGACGAGGAGUCCUCCUCUUCCCCGGCCAAUGGGCCCUCGGUCAUCCGGCGGAAUGCCCGGGAGCGCAACCGGGUCAAGCAGGUCAACAACGGCUUUAGCCAACUGCGACAACACAUUCCCGUGGCCGUAAUUGCCGAUCUGAGCAAUGGUCGUCGUGGAAUCGGUCCCGGUGCCAAUAAAAAACUGAGCAAAGUCAGCACCCUGAAAAUGGCAGUAGAGUACAUACGCCGCCUGCAGAAAGUCAUUGAUGAGAACGACCAGCAGAAGCAGCAGCAGCAACAGUUGCAGUUGCAGCAGCAACAUCUGCACUUCCAGCAGCAGCAGCAGCAACAUCACCAGGAGCAACAGCAACAGCAGCAACACUUUUACGCCUGGCAGCAACAGUUGCAGUUGCAAUCGCCCACCGGCAGCGUGAGCUCCUGCCACAGCAACAGCAGCAACGGCUCCUAUUACACACCAGCAACACCAACGAUCCCGGCAGCAACACCAUCUUCGAAUAUCGUUACCAAGUUGGAGAACAGCUACGAAGACUAUCGCAACAAUUCCUGCAGCUCUGGCGCCGAGGAUGAGGACAUUCUCGACUACAUUUCCCUCUGGCAGGACGAUCUGUAA